AUGUCCACAUCUAACGCGUUAACACGACAAAUUAACGAUAAUGGAAGGCAAGUCUUUUUGACGUGUUAUGGAAUAGUUUUUAUUUUUAAUGAAGGAAGUCUUCUUUCGUUAGGAAUCCCUGUGGAUGAUCCUGCUUACUUUUUACUAUACCGUCAACAGUACAGCGAUUUCCAACUUUAUAAACAACGAGAACACGACCGAUAUACCCGCAGUCUUAAAGCAAUACUUACUUGGGGACAGGCACCUGAAGCUGCUACUCUGAAGGCUAAAGAGGCGCUUGCUAUACUAGAGCAAGAAAAGAAAUCACAGUCAAUUGCCAAGUUUUGGGAGAAUGUCGCGUCUGUAGAAGAUCAGAGGAUGGCGGCUAUAGCUAAACGCAGAGUUGUGGUGGAAGAGCACACUACCAAUGUUACGCAGUCAGUUUUCCAACAAGAUCAGUUUAUACGAGAUAAGUAUGCAAGACACUUAGCAGAUGAUCUAUAUCAAGAGUCUGAUGAUGAUUUUAUGCCUAUCAGGAAACAAAAGCGGAAAAAGCUAUCAUUGUCAAAGGUUAGCAUUAGGGCAUGA